UCAAAACCCUCGGAUGGAAUUCAAGGCAAUGAAAAUGUUGCAAAUGGUUCUCUAAUUUGUAGAAAUUUGAAGCUUCUGAAGGUUCGCAAAGCGGCCAUGAACCGAUCAAAGGCGAUCCUCGUCUCUCUAAGACUCGCCAACUCGUUCCUCUCGACUCGGGUUUGCUCCACAAGUCGCCCGCUUCGUUCUCAGGUGACUAUGUUCUCUCACUCCUCUCUGUCGUCUCUUUCAAAUCAGUCUUACAGUUCCCAUCUCAUCCCUACCCAUCAAAAGCUUUACUUUUCUUCAACGCCCAACUCGGUUGUGGAACUCGUUUUGGCCAACGAGUGGUCUAUUGAGUUGGAGAAAGAGUUGGAUGACUCGCACCCAGCAUGGAACCACGAAACUGUGAUCUUCGUUUUGAAGAAACUGGAUAAAGACCCAGAAAAAGCUUCGGAUUUCUUCAAUUGGGUCUGUGAGAAAGAUGGGUUUAGACACAGUUCUUCAUUGUAUAGCAUAAUGCUUAGGAUUCUAGCUGAUAAGGAAACAAUGAAACAAUUUUGGGUCACUCUGAGGAAGAUGAAACAAGAAGGUUUUUACCUCGAUGAGGAAACUUAUUUUACAAUUUCAGGGAAGUUUAAAAAGGAAAAAAUGGCUAGUGAUGUAGCAGCUUUAUCCCAUUUCUAUAACAGGAUGAUUCAAGAAAAUGCUAUGGAUAAAGUUGUGGGGAGUGUAGUUGAUGUUAUUUUGGGGUCAGUCUGGAAUGAUAAUGUUGAGAAACAAUUAGGGGAGCUUAAUGUUGUCUUUUCGGAUAAUGUUGUAAUAAGGGUAUUGAAGGAAUUGAGAAGUUAUCCAUCAAAAGCAGCUAGCUUUUUCCGGUGUGUCGGUAAAUAUCCGGGCUAUGAACACAAUACUGUUACAUAUAAUGCAAUUGCAAGGGUUCUUUGUCAGCAUGAUUCGAUUGAGGAAUUUUGGAGCGUUAUCGAGGAAAUGAAAGGUGCAGAUCACGAUAUGGACAUUGACACUUACAUAAAGAUUUCAAGGCAAUUUCAAAAGAACAAAAUGAUGGAGGAUGCUGUGAAGCUCUAUGAACUUAUGAUGGACGGUCCAUUUAAGCCCUCGGUUCAAGACUGCAGUAUGCUUUUACGAAGCAUCUCGGCAAAUGAUAACCCAAAUUUGGAUUUGGUGUUCAGAGUUGCAAAGAAAUAUGAGUCUACAGGACAUACCCUCUCCAAGGCUAUUUAUGAUGGGAUUCAUAGGUCUUUGACAAGUGCUGGGAGGUUCAAUGAAGCAGAGAAGAUUGUGAAUGUUAUGCAAAAUGCAGGUUAUGAGCCGGACAAUAUCACAUACAGCCAAGUAGUCUUCGGACUUUGCAAGGCGAGGAGACUUGAAGAAGCCUGUGAGGUGCUGGAUGAAAUGGAAGCUCUUGGAUGUGUUCCUGAUAUCAAAACUUGGACCAUUUUGAUUCAAGGGCAUUGUGCUGCUGGUGAAGUGGAUAAGGCACUAAUGUGUUUUGCAAGUAUGAUGGGGAAAAAUUAUGAUGCCGAUGCUGAUCUAGUGGAUGUCUUAAUAAACGGUUUCAUUAGUCAGAGGAAGAUAGAAGGUGCAUACAAUUUGCUGAUUGAAAUGGUGAAUAGAACUCGUUUAAGGCCUUGGCAAGCAACAUACAAAAAUCUUAUUGAAAAGCUAUUGGGAGUGAUGAAACUUGAAGAAGCAUUAGAGCUCCUUCGAAUGAUGAAGAAACAAAAUUACCCACCAUAUCCAGAUCCUUUUGUUCAAUACAUAUCAAAGUUUGGGACUGUUGAAGAUGCUGCAGGAUUUUUGAAGGCAUUGACUGUGAAAGAGUAUCCUUCCUCCUCAGCUUAUGUUCAUCUUCUAAAGUCGUUCUUUCACGAAGGCAGAUACUCGGAGGCCAAAGAUCUGCUUUUUAAGUGCCCUCACCAUAUUAGAAAACAUGCUGAAGUUUGCAAACUUUUUGGUUCUACAGAUAGCACCGCCAGUGCUGCUUGACUCCAUAAUUGUUGUUUGUACCAACAAUAUUAUAAUUUCCCAAAAGCUAUUGCUGUUUACAUUA